UCCGGAAAAGCUUCGGCGUCAGAAGCUGCCUCCUUAGUCGUAGUAUGCGAAUGGAAGUCUUUGACUACGGUAACUGAAGAAACAAGCUUUGGAAGUCUUUGUUUGACUGGUCGCAUCCUCAUCGAGACAAAGAGACGUCGUCAAAUCGUUCCAAGCAUCUCUCGGCGUCAGGCCGGCAACGGCUUCCAUAAGUACUCCGCAGCACUGGCGAGAUCCUGCAUCGAGAACUGGCAAGAGAGUCCCAGCAAUAGGUGAUGGCGUCCUUCUCUUCCUUCCUGCACCUUUCUGCACUCGCUCUGCUUACGUUUUCUAGCCUCUCAUGUGCUAAAAGCUAUAGCAACAUAAGCCUGGGGUCCUCCCUCACCACCUCCGGUCCAAACACAUACUGGCUCUCCCCCUCCGGCGAGUUCGCUUUCGGUUUCCGUCCUCUCGAAACAGAUAGCAGCAGCUUCCUGCUCGCCGUCUGGUUCGAGAAGAUCGAAAGCAAAACCGUAGCUUGGUACCCACGCCCCUAUAAACCAGUGACCGCCGGGUCCAGUGUGGAGCUGACGACCGACGGGCAGCUCUUGCUCAAGGACCGAACUGGAAGUUCGCUGUGGGACCCCGGCGUCAGCAACGCCGCCUAUGCCGCCGUGCUCGACACUGGUAACUUCAUACUUGCCGGUGCCAACGGCUCGCCCCGAUGGCAGAGCUUUCAGGAUCCCGCAGACACCAUGUUGCCUUCCCAAGCGCUGGAGCUGGAUACCAAGCUUCUGUCCCGUUUGACAGACACGGAUUAUUCCGAGGGAAGGUUCAAGCUCAUCAUGCAAAACGACGGCAAUCUCGUGCUUUAUGCGGUGGCCGUCCCGUCCAGCUUUCAGUAUGAUCCUUACUGGAGCAGCGACAGCGUCGGUAAUGGAACGGGACUCAUCUUCAACCAAUCUGGCAGCGUAUACCUUUCUAGAAAAAGCAACACCAACAUCAAUAUCACUUCCGUGGAGAUGUCAUCGUUAGAAGAUUUCUACCAGAGGGCAACGCUGGAUUUUGAUGGAGUCUUCAGACAGUACAUCCACCCCAAGAACGGCUCCGGAAAUGGUGCAUGGCCGUCGGAUAGAUGGACUAUGGUGGGUCUCACGCCGACUGACAUCUGCAGUUCAUCCAACUUCAAAUUGGGGAGCGGUAUUUGCGGAUUCAAUAGCUACUGCACGACGAGCGACAACUCGAGCGUCGUCUGCGAGUGCCCACCUCAGUAUUCCUUCAUGGAUCCGAGCAGGAGGUAUAAAGGAUGCAAGCCUGACUUCCCUGCCCAGAGCUGCGAUGCAGACGAAUCGGAGGCAGCACCACUGUAUGGAUUCAGGACGCUGGUCGACGUGGAUUGGUCACUAUCCGAUUACGAGGAGUACUCGCCCAUCUCGGAGGACCAGUGCAGAGAAGAAUGCCUGACAGAUUGUUUCUGUGCACUCGCCGUCUUCGAUGCCGGUAGUGGUUCUUGCUGGAAGAAGAAGAUUCCCCUGUCCAACGGGAGAAAGGCUAGCGAUGUCAACAGAAGAGGGUUCCUCAAAAUUCCCACAGACAAUACUUCACAACCUUUCUCUUCGACGGGGGAGGAGAAGGGCAAGAGGACCUGGAUUUUGCUGGGAUCGUUGUUCCUUGGAGUCUCCCUAUGUGUGCUCAUGAUCUCGAUACUUCUCGUCACCUAUUGGUCCUUUGUCCACAACAAGAUGUUGCAUAAGCGUCAACCGUCCUCGAGCUUGCCGACGUUGAGCCUGCGGUCUUUCACUUACCCCGAGCUCGAAGAAGCCACCAAUAGCUUCAGAGAGGUGCUGGGUAGUGGCGCUUCCGGCGUCGUCUACAAGGGGUUCUUGAAAGACGAAGCCGGAACUCGUGUGGCGGUCAAGAAACUCGACAAGGUCUCGAGGGAAACAGAGAAGGAAUUCAUGAACGAAGUCAUAUCCAUUGGGCAGACCUACCAUAAGAACCUGGUGCGACUGGUGGGAUUCUGCUGCCAAGGGACGGAUCGGCUUCUGGUGUACGAGUUCAUGAGCAACGGCUCCUUGAUGGCAUUACUGUCCGGGGACGUGAGGCCGAGCUGGGAUCAACGCGUCCAGAUCGCGCUUGGAAUCGCAAGAGGCCUCCUCUACUUGCACGAGGAGUGCAUCAGCCAGAUCAUCCACUGCGACAUCAAGCCCCAGAACGUGCUUCUGGACGACAACUUGGUGCCGAGGAUCUCAGAUUUCGGCUUGGCCAAGCUUCUGAAGACGGACCAGACGCGAACGAAGACGGACAUCAGGGGGACCAAAGGAUACGUCGCACCAGAGUGGUUCAAGAACGCGGGCGUCACGGCCAAGGUCGAUGUGUACAGCUUCGGCGUCAUGUUGCUGGAGAUCAUAUGCUGCAGGAGGAACGUGGAUCUGGAGCUGGGAGAAGCGGAGGAGGCGAUAUUGACCUUCUGGGCGAACGACCGCUUCAGAGACGGGAGGCUGGACUUGCUCGUGGAAGGGGAUGAGGAGGCGACGUUGGACAUGAGAAGGGUGGAGAGGUUCGUGAAGGUGGCGCUUUGGUGCAUCCAGGAGGAGCCGUCGAUGAGGCCGACGAUGCACAAGGUGGCUCAGAUGCUUGAUGGCACGGUGGCUGUCCCCAUACCCCCUGAUCCGUCCUCCUACAUCAGUUCAUUGCAGUGAUGGAUACCUUCACGGUAGAUUGGCCCAUAACUUGACAUCUAGAGGUACAAAGAAAGGAUGAUACUUGCUCAUGUUUUGGUAUUACAGUAUGCAGGUUUCCGAUUCCCUGUU